AUGCUUUGUGGGGCUCCAUGUCCAGGCCUGGCAGCAAGCCUUCUUGCGGAGGCAACACGGGUUGUCAGAGGGUUGCAGAGGGGCACAGCACAUUUUGCAAAGCAGGCAGGGCCCUUGCUGGGCUUCGGCUGCUUCGUCGGCUCGUCUCUGUCCCUGGAGCGCUUCCUGGCCGAGGAGCGGGUCUUCAGCUCCUUCUCCUACGAGAAAGCCUGGCGCCGGUGCGUCCUGGGCUCCCCACCUUUCCUGGCGGAGUAUGACCGCCUCUUGGAGGAGGUCAUCUGCCCGCACCUGAGGGGCAUGUUGGAGGAGGAGGACGGCCCAGUGGCCUUCUACUGUCAGCACCCUCCCACGCUUCGACUGCAGCCGGGACGCAGCAAGCAGUCUCGCUUGCUGCAUGCGGACAAGAGGUAUGGUCACCAAGCAGGUGAGGUGAACUUUUGGAUGCCGCUCACGGAGUACACCUUGACCAGGACCACGCUUUGGAUCGAAUCUGCCCCGGGCAAGGGCGACUUCCAUCCCCUUGAGAUCCAUCCCGGCGACAUCGCUAUGUUUCACGGGACGCUAGUGCGGCACUUUGUUCCGCCCAAUCGUACCGAGCACACACGUGUGUCCUUGGACUUCCGCAUCGGUGUGGGACAGUACUUCGACCCUGGAUGGCGCAUGCCAGGACUACGGCAUUAUCACCCGCGCAGGACCAUCGUGCUGUGA